CAUCGCUCGCUUUGGGGGGUCCUCAAGACACGGAUUAACCGCACAGCGGCUAUCGCUGUAGUCCCUCGUUUGGCUGUCUGCCCUACCUCGGUGAUCACCGUCUUACCCUUGCAUCCAUCGCUUGUUGACCCUCUUGUUUUGGGUGGAGACCGAUAUUAAGUCCCGCCCGCCUGCCUGGAGACACCCGCUAUUCAUGCAAUCAAUCUACGACCAGAGACAUCCGAUUCAGUUCUUGUUUUGCUGACGAUUUCGGAUCCCUCUUGACUAUGAACUUGUAUCUCUUGCCUUAACUCUAAUUGCACCGGUCAUUGCUGGUUCUACGAACUCUCGUUACCCCUCGAUCUGAUACUUAGAUACCCAGGAGUCUAUAUCAACCAUGGUAGCCCUGUCGGUGGGCCUCUCAAGGGCCCGCCAGCCUUCAUUCAUACUCCUUCUAUUGUUUAUCAUUGUCUUUGUCGCGCAAGUUUCAGUCGCUCAGGAUUCUACCACAGACGACUCUACGACCACUGCCACCACAACGGCGGACACAUCUUCAUCUACGGACUCUGCGACAACCUCGUCAGAUGACAGUACUACCACCUCAGCUUCAACCACGACGGACUCAUCGUCUAGCUCAACGACAGAUGCUUCGUCCACGUCAACUGACUCAAGCUCUUCUUCUUCCUCUUCCUCAACCAGUGGCUACCCCAUCGUCACUGUUCCCCCCACAGCCGAUGCACCGUACAUGCAGAAGUCGAAGAUCCCCGAGGGGACUCUGUUCAUCGUUGUCGGGGCUGUCCUUGGUGCCAUUGGAUUUGCUAUUCUGGCCUGGCGCGCCCUCGUAGCCUGGUCAGUCAACCGUUCCGUUCGUCAAGCCGCCAUGGUUCGGUCAUCCGAAACCAAAGGACUGCUUCGCACCAAGAAGCGAAGAUCUCGCUCCAGAAGAUCAAGUUCCGGACCAGGUGUCACCCUCGAGAAGCUGGGUGGUGGAGGGCAUCAUCACCACCGUCACAGCCACCGACACCAUAGGUCACCUUCCACAAAGACCCCCAGCUCCAACAGCGCGCUGUUCUUUUCGCCCACCGCCGGAAUGCAUCCCAGCAGCAGUAACAGGCGGUCUGCCUAUCUCCCUGCAGGCUACUACAACACCGGCAGUGCAGCGCCUCCUCGGACUCACGAAGCACGCUUCUCGGCGGCUGAUCUCCCAGGCAUGGGACCACAGUCGCAGGGUUAUACGAGGGCCAAAACAGCCCCUAGCCCUCCUGAAUCACCAGGCCUAUCCCCAGCAGCCAACGAACAGGACACGACGCCCCGUCGUAGUGCCAGACGGUCCCGCGCAGAAGACCCCUCUACCAGCAGCGUGAAUCUGUCCUCUCCUCCUCAGGGUCGCACACCAAGCGCAUACCUGGAAGAUUUGUUCGAUAACCACAGUACGCCUCAGAACAGACACUGAUAUGACCUAUCUAUGCUGUUGUACGAGCGACGGUUUUUCAUUUUUCUUUUCUCUCAAUUAUCUCCUUUGCCGUGUUGUAUAUUUCGCAUUAUGUUCCGUCAUACAGAUCUCUUAUCAUUAACUUCUUUUCCUGCUUAUAUGUUUAUUACUGUAUUGUAUAUUUUAUUCUAUCAUUUCUAUCAUGUCAGCUAAGCCCCUUUCACGAUCAACGAGCAUUUAUCUAUUUGCCCUUUCUAUCAUUAUUUAGCAUUCAUUAUUCCUCUCUUCAAUUUGGCGUCCCUGCUAUACUGUAACUACCUCCAUUAGUGAAACAAAAGCAAGCG